AAUUUAAACCGAUUCAAGAAUAUUUGAAUGAGAUAUAUCCAAACCGGUUUAAACGGCUUGUUCUAUUUCGCUGUCAAAUUUCACUUCCGUUAUGUCAACGUAACUCUUCUUUUCUUCUCAUAGCUUGUUUAACCUCCACGUGUUCUUGUUCCUUCUCUUCAGCCACCACCACUACUACUACUACCCCUCCUCUCAUUUUCCUUCUCCCAAUUAGUCUUUUCUUCUGCCCUAAAUGGCCGAAGAAACAGACUCCAAACUCACCCAAUUCAAAAACUCUGUCACAAAUCUUGGUUCUUCAACACAGGGUUAUGGGGACGCUACACUGAUGAGGUUUUUGAUUGCUCGGUCUAUGGAUUCUGAUAAAGCAGCUAAGAUGUUUGUUCAAUGGCGUAAAUGGAGAGAGACUAUGGUUCCUAAUGGGUUUAUUUCAGAUUCUGAAGUUCCCGAUGAGUUGGAGACUAGAAAGAUCUUUUUGCAGGGUUUGUCUCAAGAUAUGUUUCCUCUCAUGAUUGUUCAAGCAUGUAGACACUUCCCAUCCAAAGAUCAGAAUCAAUUCAAGAAAUUUAUCGUACAUUUACUGGACAAGACCAUUGCGAGUGCUUUUAAAGGAAGGGAAGUAGGAAAUGAAAAGUUGAUCGGAGUUCUUGAUCUGCAGAAUAUUUCUUAUAAGAACGUUGACGCGCGUGGUUUAAUUACUGGAUUUCAAUUUUUACAGAGUUACUACCCUGAACGUUUAGCAAAGUGUUAUAUUUUACACAUGCCAUGGUUUUUUGUGAGUGUUUGGAGACUAGUUUCUGGCUUCCUAGACAAGGCAACACAAGAAAAGAUUGUGAUUAUAAGCAAUGAAGAUGAGAGAAAGGAAUUCAUAAAUGAAGUUGGUGAAGAGAUUCUCCCAGAAGAGUAUGGUGGAAGAGCAAAGCUUGUAGCCAUCCAAGAUUUUGAAGUGACACCAUUAGAAAAUGGAAGAACAAAUUGAUUAAAGUGUUUACUUGACAAUCAAACAAUCAUUUUAGAGUACAAUAAAAUAAGGGGUAUUUUAUGCUUAUAACUAGAGGACAUUAUACCAAACCAAAUCAUGAUUAGAAAUAAACCAACAUGUUUUUUUAUCCAUUUGAUUUAGUUUGAAUUUUUUGAUCAUAGAUUGUAAAAGUGAGACUAAAUCAACUAUAUUUUAUUGGUUCA